CCGAGCCUUCCAUCUUUUAGCUUUCACAACCACAUUCGGUCUUUUGCUGGUUAACCUGCAAUUAUGACGCGAAAACGCAGGAACGCAGGACGCGCCAAAAAUGGUCGUGGACAUGUGAACCCUGUCCGUUGCACUAACUGUGCACGAUGUGUUCCCAAGGACAAGGCGAUCAAGAAAUUCGUCAUUCGAAACAUUGUUGAGGCUGCUGCUGUCAGAGAUAUCACUGAUGCCAGUGUAUACUCUCCAUAUCAGCUACCUAAACUUUAUGCUAAGCUGCAUUACUGUGUAUCUUGUGCAAUCCACUCUAAAGUGGUGCGAAACAGAUCAAAAGCUGACAGGCGUAUCAGGACCCCUCCAACUCGCAACUUCCCUAGGGACAUACGUCAAGUACAGCAAAAUAGGAAGUAACUGUACUGUAUUUUAAUUUCACAAAUAAAAGAUGAAAAAAUAA